CAAUAUAAACUCCAAACCUGAACAGUGUUUAAUAAAAUAAACACUUAGUGUUGACACGAAAUGGACCAUUGGAAAAAUAAAGCUGCUAUUGUCACAGGCGCAGGGCAGGGCAUAGGGGCGCAAAUAACAGAAGACCUAAUAAAAGCCGGGAUGACUGUUAUCGGCUUUGAACCAACACAAGCGAAACUCACACCACUAUUUAACUUAGCCGAUAAAUACUCAGAAUUGAACAAUCAAUUGAUUCCAUGUAAGUGUGACAUUUCAAAUGACAAUGAUUUAAAAAAUGCUUUCGAGGGAAUAGUUAAGCUGUACGGUGGCGUGGAUUUGCUGGUGAAUAAUGCAGCGAUAGGAAAAGCCGGUAUGAUAUCUACUGGGAACUUAGAAGAUCUCAAUAAUGUGAUCGACGUCAAUAUUUACGGAUUAAUAGCUUGUAGUCGACACGCGAUCGACUCAAUGAAGAACAAAGGAAAAGGACACAUUGUUAAUGUAAAUAGUAUUUGUGGACACUAUAUGCCUUCAUUUUCAGAGCCAGUAAUGAACGUGUAUAUUGCGUCUAAACGAAGCAUGACUGUUUUUACGAAAACCUUACGAGAAGAAUUGAAAAUGAUUAAUUCUAAAAUCAAAAUAACGAGCGUGUCUCCAGGAAUAGUGAAAACGGGAAUAUUCAAAUCUGCUGGCGUCGGAUUUAUCGACGAUGCUUUCUUCUGUGAUAAUUCACAUUUAACCGUGAAAGAUGUUUCUGAAGUAAUUCUAAUGAUUUUGUCGUCACCAAGAACUGUAAAUAUAACUGAGAUUAUUUUCCGCGGUUUACACUCAAGCUUCUGAUAUGAAAGAAAAAAAUGAUUACAUGAUGUCGAUUUAAAUGGUCUUGGUAUAGCAAUUUUUGUGUUUACACGGGCUGGUAUCACAGUUUUGGGUGGGAUUUGCUAACAGCUGCCAGAGCGUCUCUGAAGGAGACCUAACAACUCAAGAGCAGCUGCUUCGGGAAUGAAUUUACUACCGGAUCACUGAGAAGAUCCGCCGAGAAACUCAGCGGGCUGAUGCAUGGGUUCGGUUGCACGUCGAACUCUUUGCAGAGUUCGACAAGUACGGUUACCGGGAUCCCUUAGCCUGCUCCUAGUAUUAGAGCUGAAGGCAUCUAAUGCAAGAGUUAUUGGAUCUGAUGGGUCCGUAACGACGUGUCUACGGCGACGACGGUGACUAGCUCCUGCCUGAUCAGGAUUCGGGGAGUAGUCAGCGACUGCAACGAUAAGGAUAUCAUGACGCCUUAUAGAAAUAACGUACCGACGCUGACUUCAUGUGUUUGCGUCGUGUAGGUCGAUAUUCCUCACGAACCACGGAGCUCCGACGGCUAACCUGCAAAAGCGGGAUUGUAGGGAUUGGAGAGUGUCUAUCUAUUUGUGUGCAGACCACGUGAGCGAACAUCACACUCGCGUAAAUCAUGACGGGUCGCAAGUUUUGUAAAGUGUCACCUUGUUUCGAAGGGACAUUUUACUCCGAUUACAUAUCAUGGGGGAAAGUCUGCCGAGAAUAAACGCGGCACGGUCGCAAAGUGUUUUAAUAUGCGGGCGGAAUGUCAUGGAUGCAUCCAGGGCAACUCCCAGUUGACCUUCCUGUCCCAGGGAAUCGGUUGGGCAAAGAGGGUGAUCGGGGGUGAGAGAUUUCGCCUCCUAAUGCGGGCGGAAAGUCGGGAAAUGCGGGAAGAUUCUCCUUUGAAAUAGCACUGCUGUGAUUUUUACUGGGUUGAUGUCUAUGCGCCAUUUUCGGAACCACUAUCCGAGGGUGACAGCUGCGCUCUAGAGCUUACUCGUUAUAAGGGACUUGUUCCUAUUCGAGUAGUAAACGGUUGUGUCGUCGGUAAAUAAGGCUAACUGGGUCAGCGGUGACCGGGGAAUGUCGUUAAUGAAUAAACUUAAUAGGAGCGGCAAGAGGACGAAGCCUUGUGGGACUCCAGCCGUGAGCGGUCGCUGUGAGGAGCGGGUUCCCUCGACUCGAUAUCGAAAAGAGCGGUUCGACAAGAAAUCCCGUAUGAUGAGCACAAGACAGUUCGUCCGGCAUGCCUAUGUUAAAAAGUUUGAAAAUCAAACAAGUUUGAAAAUUGUGCCAAACUUUGUCGAACGCUUAUGCGACGUCGAAGAAGAGAGCACCCGUAUAUAACGGUAUUGGUCGGUUAAGCCCUACGAGAAUGUGCUCCGUGAGGCGGUGUACCUGUUGUACGCAUGAGUGAUUUACACGGAAUCCGAAUUGUUCAUCGAUGAGAAUGCCCCUGGAUGAGACGAAGUCUCUGAGAUCUUUGUAGAGCAGACGCUCAUACAGUUUGCCUAGAGGCUAGUCGGGCGGUAGCCUUCUCUAAUCUCUCUUAAUCUACUAAAAGGUAUGAAGGUUUUGAUAGGUUUUGAUUAAAAAUUAAGCGAUUUAGUCUUAAAUCUGUAGAAAGUUUCAUAAUGUAUUCUAUGAUGUUUCACAUUUUGAAUGUAUUAAGCCAUGUCAGUAUGUUUAAUAAAAAAUGUAUUUUA